AUGAGCAAACUCGUCGAGUUCUCGCCCGCAGAGGCGGAGGACACCUUGCGAGCCGAGCAGCUCUCACACGACCUCUUCAAGCUCACGUUGACAAGGCGCAACAAGUCCAGCAUCUUCGCAGAGGCCAUCGGGCGGCUCGACCGCGGCCGCGACGAGGCGGACCUCAUCCUCCGCAACCUCCGCGCAUGGUCCCCGGACGUCGCCGAGCACUUCCCGCGGCGCACGUCCGGCGUCAUCCUCGACACGCCGUUCCGCCUCCUCUGCUUAAGCCCGUCCGGCAUCCCUCUCGACGGCGCCUUCGCCAUCAGACAAUACCUCGCCGUAAGCUACAGCUGGCACAGCCCAGACUGGCCGGGAACACCUGGGUCGGCCUCGGCGCCGGGCGGGGUAUGGCCCGUCGGCGAGCGCUUCGCCCAGGCGAUUCUGGCGCAGCGGGGACACCCGCGCGAGGGCGUCUGGAUAGACCAGGUCUGCAUCGACCAGGCCGACGACGCCGAGAAGCAGCGCGCCAUCGCGUGCAUGGACGUCGUGUACAAGUCAUGCCGCCGGCUCGUGGUGCUCCUCGAAGACGUCGAGCUCACGGCGGACGAGGCGGCGCUGUGCGAGAGGUACGGCGGCGGCAAUCCCGCGCAACACUUUGACCGGACGCCGCGGGACCAAGGGGAGGUGUCGUCUCUCGUGGCCAUCUACGACAAGAUCGCGGCGGCGCGGUGGUGGCAGCGCGCGUGGUGCUUCCACGAGUUUGUCGUCGCCGAGCCGUGGAGCGACAAACGGCACAUCCCGGCUCACAACGCCGUCUUCAUCAUGGGUGUUGUCGUCGAGGGCGACGACGGCGGCGGCAGCGGCGGUGGCAAGGCAACCAUCUCCCUCGAGUGGACGGCGCUGCACGCGAUGCUAUCGACGGUCAUGAUUCAGCUCGGCCACCGCCCUCCGGCGAGCGAGCACCUGUACCCGAUCCUCGGCGGCUUCGCGAACCGCACGUCGCCGCUGCUCGACAGCCACAACCGCGUGGCCGGGGCGACGACGGCCAGCUUCAUGGCGCGGUUCAACGCCGUCGCGCAGACGGGGUGCUCGAUGCCCGGCGACAGGCUGAGCGUGUGCCUCAAUCUCAUCGGGCUGGGGCUCGCGUACUUCCGGGCCCGGGAGCCGACGCCAGAAGAGGUGUACUUCCUCGCCGUCCUCCUGUCGCUCGCGGCCGGGGAGAAGGUGCCGCUGGCGUUCGCGGGCUCGGAGGCGCUGGUGGUGGGCGGGAAAAGGUCGUGGCUGGCGCGGUCGGUCGCAGAGGCGGACACGACGCUCCCCAAGUUCAGUCUGGGAGGCAACAGAGGCAUACACGGGGCGAGCAUCGGCCGGCUGGAGAUUGAUCUGGUCUUUUUCGAGGGCUCAUUUACGGUGUGUGCCGAGGAGGAGCUGCGCGGGACGUACGCCAUCUUCCCGGACGUCAUCAGGAGCACGCCGCCGCCCCUCAAGGCCGGCAUGGGCCGGCCAGAGCACUUCAGGGACGACGAGGAAACGGACCUGUCCCGGCGGCGGUUCCUCGCGGCCGUCGUGGCGGGCGGGCACGGUCUGGCGGGACGUCUCUGGGCGCAGCUGGAGCGUGACGCGGUGCAGGCGAACUACAACACGGGCAUGUUUGACGACUUUGUGGUCAACGAGGCCCUCCGUCUGAACGCAGCCGAUUUUCUGACGGUUCUGGACAGGGGAGGAGACGAAGGAGAGAUCACGGAGGAAACGGCCCUCGCUCUGCUGACGUGGAUCACGGACCCGCGGUCCAUCUACUGGAUCUCGGCGUUCGCGGUGCGCAUCCCGUGUGGCCGACAAGGUGAGCAGGCACUCCUGACGGCGUUCCACUUUGAGAAAGAAUUCUUGGCGAAGGGCGUUGAGAGUCAGAUACGCGUCGCGGUCCCGACGGACCUGGUCCGGGGGGACUGCGCCUGGACCAGGGCGUGGUUGUUAGUGUCGACGGAUGACACGGAGGGAAGGGCUGUGUGGAAUUGUGCUGGAAAGGCGCUGCUCCUGGGCGAGGGUGAUUUCUUGGAGGAGUUAGGGGAUGGUAGCGGGAUGGUGGAUGCAGCUGUAGUGUUGCGAGAGAGGCAGGUUAUCAUCGGGUGA